AUGAAGGUCACAAUUGGAAACGUCUUGGCGGCAACGCUUGCCUUGACUUAUCCUGUCCAGGCUAGGAAUGCACCAUUGAACGGCCGCGAUCCAGUUCCCGCCGUCAAUGAAGCCGAUAGCUUCAAGGAAAAUGCCACACCUCAUAAAGGGGUGGUUACCAAGCACCUUUGGAUUCGUGACGAGGCUUCCAUGACUGCUACGUCUUCUGCCAAUCUCAAUCCGAUCUACAGACAUCCAAAGCCCUCCACCCAACUUCCGCUGCCCUCAGUGGCACCCAAUGGGGGAAAUAACUCAAAUCAGCCUUCAGCUACUGCAAAGGACGGUGAUCAAGGCACGGAGUCCAUAGGGACUCCAAAUUCUAGUUCGGCCCAGUCGAACCCAUCCGAGAUCCCAUCACACUUUUCAAACGCACCUGAGCCACCUGUGAUUCCUAGCAGCCGUUCAGACCCUCUAAUCCCACCGGGGACUCCAUCGCACCCUUCAAACGUGCCUGAGCCAUCUGUAAUUCCAAGCAGCCGUUCAGACACUCCAAUCCAAUCGGGGGCUCCAUCGCACCCUUCAAACGUGCCUGAGCCAUCUGUACUUCCAAGCAGCCGUUCAGACACUCCAAUCCAAUCGGGGGCUCCAUCGCACCCUUCAAACAUACCUCAGCCAUCUGUAACUCCAAACAGCCGGUCAGACACCCCAAGCCCAUCGGGGACUCCCCAUUCAAACCAGCCGGAUGCUUCUGAGGCUUCCACCGCUCGCUCAUCGGAGCCGCCUACCUCAAGACUUGGCGACUCGUCCAAGACAAACACUCCUCCUACGUCCUCCCAGGAGGGUGCUGGUUCGGACUCUGCUACACCUUCAAAGGUCCCACAGCAGACAGGCUCUCCAAGUGCUACUCCAACUUUUGCAUCUUCCAACCCUGAUUCGACAAUUGAGUCGUCUAUGAUGGCCGUCACUACUAGUGGGUAUACUACAACUGAAGCUAUACCCGUCCCUGUAACAACUGUCGAGAUUACCAAGGGCCAGGAGACCAGCAGUAUCACUUUUACCGCUACCUCUGUCACUACCUCAGAUGGUUCAGAGCCAACGUUUGCAUGGGGUUGUGCUUCGAGUGAUCUUUGUGGCUCUGGCACAACAGACUCCGGAGGAGGAAGCAGUGGCUGCGUUGUUCCCCUACUUUGUCCAUCGGACCAUAACUGGGGUCUCGGAGGUGGAUGGUCCCCAUCUGGAAGCCCUUCGCCGGGCGGUCCAAACCCUCCUCCUUCAACACCCAAGACCCCUUCGGGUUCCGGCUCUGAAAGCCCAGAUGAUGAUCCUGAAGAUGACAAGAGUACAACUUCGACAACGGCAACCGAUAAAACAUCUUCUUCCACCACAUCGACCGCUUCAUCGACCUCCUCUCCCUCUCCCUCUAAGCUGCGUCUUUGCAUGACCGUUGCUGAAUCGGGUACAGUAGAGUCUACCUCGACCCCGACUUCUAGCUCGAAGGCUACUACGAGGCCAACUUCUAGUUCGAAGGCUACUACGAGCGCAACUUCGACUCCAACCAGUGCCUCUAAGAUACGACUUUGCAUGUCAGUUGCCGAAUCUGGCUCGGUAAUCGCCACCAGCGAGGCAGCCAGCACCACUGACAGAAAGUCAAACACCAUCACUUCCGCACCCAGGACAUUCUCCACAAGCACCAAGGAUCCUCUUUGUCGUGAUAGACAAGAUCCGCACGGUCCAAACUCAUGCAUCUGCACAUCCGGAACCUCUGAGAUUUGGCUCCCAGUCCAAAGCAACGGCAGAUGCGGUUACACCACACUGCCUGCAUCUCCCACCCCGACGGAGACGCCUACAACAGAGGCGCAGCCUGCACCAACACUUGGACCCGUCACGUCCACGACGACAAAUGACGAAAUGAUCAUCUGGCCCACGCAAACCAUCAAAUAUUACAACGUCCCAGGAACCAAGUUGACAGAGACUUAUCCUGCUGGUGAGCCCACAACCAGCACAAUGACAGCCGAUACACCCGAAGCGACGGACUGGAACCCUAAGGGGUCCUCCAUUUGCGGCACUCAUAUCGGCGACGGCUUGAGUUCUGCCUGUAGGGCUGCCUGGGAGAAAUACGACGAUGAUACAGUCUACACGGAGAAGACAAAAAGACAUGAUUCGAACUCCCUCGGCAUGGGCUGUACAGCUGAAUACGCGUGUUCCGAGGACGACUAUUACACGCCUGGACUGAAUGGAGCGCAGUUAAAGGAACUCUUUUCGAGCCUUUACGAUACUAAAGGAAACGGAAUCUCGAUUUGUGGUUCCGCUAAGCUGUCCAACGGUUGCUCAGUGAAGGUUGACUAUUGUAGUCUUUGCAAGGAUGCCAACUAG